CGUUUUGCCUACACUUUGCAAACACUCGUAUUUUUCUUGUAACGCUGCCUCUCUACUCUAUUUUUAAUUCAUGCUCAAAAGACUCGAAGCUGUAGUGGUUGAUGGUUUCAAUUUUUAUUUUAUCUUAAAAAAACUAAAGGAACCGUAUAUUUUGUUAGUAUGUCUGAAAAGUAUCAACUUUCUGAAUCGGAUGAGGAUGACGAAGAUUAUUUACCAGAAGGACAAAGCAGUGCAUCUGAAGAAGGAUCUGAUGGAGAGGAAAUUGAAGAUGCCUUGGAGAAUGAUAAAAAUUGCGAUGGUAAAGUACAAAAGCGCUCGAAAAAGUCAAAAAGCAGAGUUACGAAGCGUAAAAAAAAUCAAGAAUCAUCUCUUUCAAAUGAAAAAUUAGAUGAUGUAAAGACUGAAAAUGAUAAUGAAUUAAAAGUGCUUAAUGAUGAAGAGCAAAAGAAAAGAGCCGAUUCCUUAUGGGCUGAUUUUUUAAAAGAUUCAGCACUUAUUUCUAAACCAAAAUCGAAAGUCACAAAUGAUAAUUUAUCAGGAAAGUCUGAUAAUUGUUCAAUAAAAUCAAAAAUCGAUAAUAAAAUAACAAUGUCGAAGAUUUUUGAAUUUGCUGGUGAAAAAGUUGAUGUGGAAAAUAAGACACUGUUAAAUUCCACGGAAAACAAACUUUCAACAACAAAAACUGAAAAUACAAAAAAUAUUAAUACACCUUCAAUUAUUAAAAACAAUGUGUCAAAGAAUCAAGGAACCCAAAAAAUUGGUAUGGGUGGCAUUUCCGCUGUUUUGGGUCGUCUUGAAAAGAAAACAAAAAUUAACACCUUAGAAAAAUCUAAAAUGGAUUGGGAUAAUUUUAAGAAACAAGAGAACAUCGAAGAUGAAAUAAAUACUCACAAUAGAGGUAAAGAGGGAUAUUUAGAAAAACAAGAUUUUCUUCAAAGAGCUGAUUAUCGUCAAUUUGAAAUUGAAAAACAAAUGAGAAAUUCAUCACGACGUAGUAAUCGAUAAUUAUUUUAAUCAAUUAUUUAAUCUUUACAUAAUUUAUGUAAAUGAUCCACUUAAAAACUUAAUUCGUGAUAACAUAAAACUAAAAAGAAAUCGACUUUUAAAUUAAAAUAUACCUAUUGAUUUUGACUGUGCACAUCUACGUUAACAUUUUUUUAUUUUAAUAACUCAUAAAAUAAUCAAUAUUUGACAACUGCCAGUUUUCAGGAAUUAUAUAAAUCCAUAGGCACAGUAAAGAAAGGGUUGUUUUCUGCGUGUAGACAUAAUUUUUAUUUGAUUAAUUUUUUUACUUGUAAAUAAAACAAAACAGAUUUUCUUCUUUAUUAAA